AUGAAUUCAUUGGUAAAGAACACUUUGAGAUUCACCACCACUGGUGGUAGCUACAGAACUGCAGCAUCGACCAGUUUCUCUGUAAAUAAUGUUGUUCGUAGCAAUUUGAAUCAAAAUUGUUUAAAUAGAUCAUAUGCAACUAUUUCAACACCUAAUACAUCAAAAGAUAGUUUACAACCAAUUUAUUUAGAUAAUCAAGCAACUACACCAGUUGAUCCAAGAGUAUUAGAUGUAAUGCUGUCUUUAUAUACAGAGAACUAUGGUAAUCCACACUCAAAGACACACGACUAUGGUUGGAAAUCGUCGGACUACGUAGAGAACGCAAGACAACAGGUGGCCAGUUUGAUCGGUUCCGAUCCAAAGGAAGUCAUUUUCACCAGUGGUGCAACAGAGUCUAAUAACAUCGCUUUGAAAGGUGUCGCUAGAUUCUACAAGGAGAAGAAGAAUCACAUCAUCACAACCGUCACCGAACACAAGUGCGUUUUGGAUUCAUGCAGACAUCUCGAGCAAGAAGGUUUCAAAGUCACCUACUUGCCAGUGUUGUCGAAUGGUUUGAUCGACUUGGCACAACUGGAAGCCGCCAUCACUCCACAGACUGUCUUGAUUUCCGUCAUGGCGGUCAACAACGAGAUCGGUGUCAUUCAGCCACUCAAGGAGAUUGGAAAGCUCUGUCGUUCCAAGGGAAUCUUCUUCCACACCGAUGCGGCACAAGCCGUCGGUAAGAUCCCAAUCGAUGUCAACGAGAUGAACAUCGAUCUCAUGUCGAUCAGUGGACACAAGGUAUACGGCCCAAAGGGUAUUGGCGCACUCUAUCUCCGUCGUCGUCCCCGUGUCAGAAUCGAGGCGAUUCAGAGUGGUGGUGGACAGGAGCGUGGUAUCAGAUCGGGAACGGUGCCAGCAACAUUGGUCACUGGUUUCGGUGCUGCCUGCGCCAUCUCACAGAACGAAAUGCAAAGAGAUGCAGUGUGGAUCAAGUUCCUCUAUGACCGUCUGCUCAAAGGCAUUCAAGAAUCGAUUCCUCAUGUAAAGAUCAACGGUGACACCGAACACCGUUACUAUGGUAAUUUGAAUAUUUCCUUCAGUUAUGUCGAGGGUGAGUCACUGCUGAUGGCCAUCAAAGACAUUGCUUGUAGCAGUGGUAGUGCAUGCACUUCGGCAUCACUCGAACCAUCUUACGUGCUCAGAUCGCUAGGUCUCGAAGAAGACAUGGCUCACUCAUCGAUCCGUUUCGGAAUUGGAAGAUUCACCACAGUCGCCGAAAUCGAUUUCACCAUCGAGCUACUCAAGAAGCAUGUACAAAGAUUGAGAGAUAUGAGUCCACUAUGGGAGAUGGUACAAGAAGGUAUCGAUCUCAAGACAAUUAAUUGGAAUCAAGUAAUGAUUCGUGAACAUCAUGAAAGUAUUGUGUUAGCGAGCAAAAAAAUCAUUACACUUGCAGUUGGUUCUUUAGUUAUUAAAAAUAAAAAUAAUUAUUAUCAAAAGUAUCUUUGUUGUCCAGUCAAACCAUAUGAUGUCAAUAAAUUUAUAAACUAUGCUUUGGUUUGUAAAGAUUGGUUCGAUAUCAUAUCAAAGUCAAUGUCUUCAAAAUAUUUAAUAGACUUAUACAACUCUGAGUAUGAAAGUCUUUCCAAUUUUUUAAAUCAUUCAAUUGGUCUUCUUUCAAAACCUAAGUCGAUAUGUCCUAUCAACAAUAUCAAAGAUCUAUACAUUCUUGAUAACUUUGAUAAUCCCUACACUAAAAUCCCACAUGUUAGCAUAUUCAUUUCAAAGUUUGAUCAUCUGGAGCGAUUGAACAUAAACACUACCAACAUGGGAUCAAUCAAAGAGAUCAUAGAAAUAAAACCCACAAUCAAAAUUCAUUUAUAUCUCAAUUCAAUGAAUUACGGUGUUGAUCUCGAGUAUAUCGACUAUUCGGUUUUAGAACAUGUUACUAUGAACAUAGAUCACAAUUUUAAAGUCAUCGGUAUCUAUGGAGAACUUGAUUUUGAUUUCGAUAGUGUCAGAGUGUGUCGUGUCAAUACUCUUUACUUUGAGCAUAAUCAAGAUCAUUCUAGCCACUAUGUAUUGCACAUUCCAUACACCGAACUCUUUGAAAUCGAAUCACUCACAUCUAUUGAAAUUUGCAGUAACGAUUAUGUAGAUAUCAAAGAUUUAAAGUUAUUCCUUAACGAUCGUGUUGAAUCAAUGAAAUGUGCAACGGUACUCGGAUUAUUUGGUCAUGAUGUAAAUAACGAACUAGAUGAAUGUAGAUGUGUCUAUCAUGAAGAGGUAUAUUUCAAAGAAGAGGAAUAUGAAUAUCAAGAAAAUGAGUAUGAUCAAUACUAUAUUCAAAACCUAAUUAGCAAUAACAAUCAAACAAGUGAAUGGAUGGAGUUUUGUCAAAGACUUGCCAACAAUAAAACAUUGAAGAAUCUAUCAUUGUCAAACUUUUGUGUUAUUCACAAAAUCACAGAUCUAUCUAUAUUCAUUUUGGUCUCUGAUAACUUUGUUCAAUCUUUAUCAAUCAACACCACAAUUUCAAAGCUUGAAAUAUCAUGUGAUAUUCUGGAUGAAUCGUUUUACUCAAUGCUUGCAUCCAACAAGAAUACAACAAUAACAAAAUUAAAACUUUUUGAUCUCGAUUGUAAACAUCUUUUAUGGACUGCCAUCAUGCUGAAAUCUAACAAACACAUAACAAAACUAUCAAUUGAAUCAUUUAUUCAUGACUUCAAUUAUCAUCCAAGUGAGAUUUUGAAAGAAACUCUCAAAGACUUUAUUUUAACUCUCGAUUCAUCGUCUCAUCAACUCGUGUGUUCUACAAUCAGACUUUCCAAAAUGUGUUACACAGAAGAUGAAAGUUACUAUUUCUUAAAAAGUAUAUUAACUCGUACACAACCAAAUGUACAACUUUGUCAAGUGUUCGAUGAGCAGAACAUCAAUUGGUCGUCCGUUGCUAUAAAGGUUUAUUAG